CAAUAUAAAUAGUCAGCGUGAUUCAGCAGUAAACGUAGAAAGAGGCGUGUAUAAAAUGCGAGCCUGACAUACACAUUACAGUUCUCGCAUUUGAGCAGAAUCAAACCAUAUACACGCUACACCUUCAUACAACCGGCGACCCCUAUCAUGCCUCCGUACACGAUCACUUACUUUCCUGUUCGAGGCCGCUGCAGUGCCAUGAAGAUGCUGAUGUCUGACCAUGGCCAACAGUGGAAGGACAUUAAUGUCAGCUAUGAGGACUGGAUGAAGGGUGACAUUAAAAAGACCUUAACAUUUGGCCAGCUUCCGAAAUUUGAAGACGGCAGCUUGGUCCUGUUCCAGUCCAACUCCAUACUGAGAUACUUAGGCCGCAAACAUGGGGCUUAUGGGAAGGACGAUGCCGAAUGUGCCCUCAUUGACAUGAUGAAUGACAGCAUUGAAGACCUCCGAGUUAAAUACAUCCGCCUGAUUUACCAAGACUAUGAAAAUGGCAAAGACAGGUACAUCAAAGAGCUCCCAGACCAGCUUAAGUACUUUGAAAAAAUCCUUGCCAGUAACCCAAAAGGAUUCCUCGUAGGGGACAAGAUGUCCUACGCAGACUACAACCUGUUUGACUUACUGCUUAACCAGAAGGUGCUCAGCCCUCCCUGCCUAGACAGCUUCCCCGCCUUGAAGAGCUACGUUGACAAGAUAGCUGUCCGUCCUAAAAUCAAAGCAUUCAUGGAGUCUGACUCCUAUAAGAAACUGCCCAUCAAUGGCAAUGGCAAACAGUGAUGCACUCGUGGGGUGGAGCACUGUUGGGGUACUUCCUGUCACCAGGGCUACUAGCUACAAUCAUUAGCACCUCAGGAGAGCAAAAGCUGAUGCUUCUGAUGUGUGAAGUCACUGUGUCAGUUUCUUGUGUAAUUUUUGUGUACAUCCAAUAUUUUCCCUGAUAGAUGACUUGCCUUUCAGUUUGUUAACAUGAAUAGGUGAAUAAAUUACUUGUUUACUGGG